AUGUUUGUCGUGUUUCUGGUUGUGUUUCUGGCAGUCGGUGUUCCCUCACCAGGCCUGGUCAGUACCGCCCCGGCUCCCGCAAAGGAAGACUUCUUCACCAGACAGAUCUGGAGUGAACUGAAGAAGUUGGCCUCUACCGUGGAGCGGCAUGAAGAGAUGCUGGUGCAAAUCGAGCUUUUUUUCACACAUGUGAAAGGCGUGGAGGCUAAGGUGAGUGUCUUGGAGGAAAAGUUGAUGGAAAUCCGAGAGAAAAUUUCAGCCGACCCUGACGAUCCACAACAAGUUGAAGAAGCCGAAAAUCUGCAACUUCCCUCAGCUGAAGAGAACCAGGAGACCGCGUGUAGGAACGAAGACGGGUACCAGAGCCUUGGUUGUUGGAGGGACACCUACCGACGAGCCAUCCCCUCACUCGAGCGCCAAGACCCUCUGCUAGACGGGCACUACAGCGAGCGCCAGGACGCCCUGACCAAGUGCUACACCGUAGCGCGCGCUCUGGGCAUGAAGAUCUUCGCUUUACAGAACGGCGGCUGGUGUGCGGGUUCACCUGACGAGAAUGUCAACUUCAAGGUGUACGGACCGUCCACGCAGUGCUACAUUGGAGGGGAGGGAGGGCCUUUCAGCAACCACGUCUACGAAAUAAUAGACACCAACUGUGACACUGAGGAGAAGAGCAUAUCCUUCCGCGUCGCCCAGGUGCACCAUGCUACAUCUAGAGUUACUCACGGUAAUCACUCAGUGAUGGCAGCAGCUGGUGGGGAUGAGCCAAGGCGACCGCCAGGUCCAGCCCAUUUGUAUGGCUCUUACAAGAAACUUUUGUUGGGAAUUUUUGACGACAUGGACAAUGGCGAAUACAGGAGCUUCAAACAUCACCUUGAUUGUGUCGUUAGUAGCGACAAUGUGAGCAUACCAAAGGCGCGUAUUAUGCGUGCAAAACGACUGGACAUGCCCGACUUAAUCUUACGCUACAUUCCAAGACGAGAAGCUCUUCAAGUGGUCGCCAGAAUCCUGCAGGAACUCCCAAAUGUGCAGCUUUUGGAGCGGAUCCAACAGUUUACGCACCCAGAACCCGGAAGUUUUGGCAAUAUGGUGUUGCAAAUCAAACAUGCAGCAGAGUCUGAGGAGGACUACCUUAGGACAUGUCAAGACAUUGCUGAUGCACUCAACCGAUGCAGUCAAGGGCUAGGAAAUCUCAUCUUAGAUGAAGUAAGACAUCGGGAAUGUGUGCUUGUCAAGUACCUUCUCAACGUGGAAGAGUUGUCACUGAAGAGGCCAGCAGAUAUCAUACAGAAGAUGGCAUCAGAACAGUGUAAGAAGGAGCUGCGUCAUCUUGGGGUUAUCUACAUAACAGUUGAGGAUUCAACACUUUUUACUGGGGAGCUUCAUAAUGAUCCCAGGGCCUGGGACCAUGUGGAAGUAACCCAGUGGGUUGGUAGGAUACUGUUGCCAUCUGACCAGACAGCCACCAUCCCUGAUUUGAGGAUGACAGGUGCUGAGAUCUGUGCCAGACCACAGACAUGGUUCACUGACGAGUUUCCAGUAGGAAUAGGAAAAGUUCUGUACACUGAUCUCCAGGAAAGGAGGGAUGAUGUUGCACAUCAGCGGAAAUUUGGUGGCAGGCAAGAAGAGAAUGAGCGAGUGGUGGAAAAAACUUCAGCAACAUUCCUGGUCUCAGCCUACCUGAUGAGCAUGAUACUAACUUUGCUUGGACAACAUAGAGGAAAGGCAGGGGACAUUCUUGAAUACCUGCGGUCACUGAUUCAAGUAACUGAAAGGCAGUCAAAAAAGACGCUUCAUUCUGGUGACUUCAACUACUCUUGGGCGUCAAAGAACAUCAUAAAAGAAAGAAGCAGUCUGCCUUCCUCUGCAGCAUCUGUAGUCUUUGGUUCUAAAGCCAUUGCCAUCUCCAGAGAAGCCUACAGCCAAGUUGUAACAUCUGUGGUUGAAGCCAUGGAAGUCGUUGGUGCUCCUCUGGAAGUCAAAAUCAAGUCACCAUGGUUGGGAUUGAGACGUGCAAUCACGAUUGUCGUGUGUUUUGCAGCGGGUCUCGAAGCGGGUCUCGCAGCAGGUCUCGUAGCUGGUCUUGGAGCAGUUCUCGCAGCGGUUCCCGUUGUGGGUUUCGAUGCGGGCCUCAUUGUGGCCUUAAAUGCCUUGUAUGAAUCAGAAAAGAAAACUGCCUUUUACAAAGUCAACUACUUGCAAGCUCUGAUUCUUCUGCCAAAAGUGCUUCUAGAAAGUGAAAUGGAAGGAUACAAACUUGACAAGAUCAAAGAGCAAGUGCAAGAUGAAAGAAAACGCUGUUCCACCCAGGAGGCUGAAAGGAAAAUGAUGGAACUUUUACCUCAUGUCAGUUCAAGGUUAGCAGUCUACAGCAAGUUCAGGGUUAGAAGGGACUUUGAUUAUAGAGCAAAGGAGUGGCUCCAUGACAGCAUCUCCAACAUCAAUGACACCAUGAUUAUUGCACAUGCCCAUUUUGAGCUACGCCGUCUGCUGAGGGAAGUGUUUGUACUUGGGGUGGUCGGGUCUGCACACAGUGGCAAGACUACUCUUGUCAAGUCUGUCUUGGGAGAAAAGAGUGCGCAUCACACCACCACUGGUCCAUAUGAUGUCAAAUUGUACGAUGGAUCAGAUGAGCUUGAGGAAGAGACACUGCCUGUCCUUGCCUUUCCGAGUGGUCCGGGGAAAGAGGUGGAUGCAGCUCAUAGACUGUGUGUUGGCAUCUGUACGGCCUUCAUUUGUGUGGUGGAGUGCAAGACAGGUAAGAUCUACAUGUAUAUUCUAGUUUUUCCAGAUAUCCGAGCCCUUGCCAGGGUGGCUCACCUGAGUGUUCCUGUCCUCCUGUGUGUCAACAAGUGUGGUCGUGUGAAGAACAAACGACAGGCAAGUCAGGUACUGGACAGCUACAAUUCUGCAGUCAGCAGGGAAUUCGAGGGACUGUCUAGUCUCACACAGGUAGUGUUAACUGACUUCCAUACCACUCAUAACCGACCUGCCUGGCUCACAGGAGCCGAGGGUGUAAAGUAUUGGAUCUUAGAUGCCAUCCAAAAUCAUAAGAGGUAUGUCAGAAACGCUGAGGCAGAAUUGCAAGUGUUUGAACGUGAACUCAGUCUCUAAACACCAAGACAUUUACGUUACGAAGAAAUUCGCCAGGACAUGAAAUCUGGCUGAUCCAGCCAGGAAAUUUCAAGUUUACUCUUUUGUUCCAGCCAAGAUUAUAUAUGCUACACAGUAGUUGAUGGGUGUUAGACCGUAAGAAAAAGAGUGAUUUUUGUCAAUGUUGAAUGUUAAAAAUUAGUACCAGUACGUGCUUGAUAUGAGAUUUCAAUGUUUGUUGUGUUGUAAACUGUGUUACUAAGUAAUAAUUAAAUUUUAACUAGAUGUAGAUGGAUGACAGGUCCUCAACAUACAAUUGUACAUACUGAGGGCCCCUCCUGAUUUCUCAAUAACUUAAUCUCUCAAUAUGGAAUACAACACGGGGUAUUCCGUAUCGCCCGAGGUAUCGGCCCG